AUGUUUUCCCUGAUCUUUGCCUGUACCUGCGGGGUGAUCCUGGGCAUCGGUUUCUGUGCCAACCUACUGGUGUUUUCUCUGUUCGCCAAGUACAACACUCUGAGGAAGAACUGUCUGGACAUCCUGCUGCUCAGCAUGGCUCUGGCGGACUUCCUCACCCUGCUGCUCAUCCCCUUCACCCUGCACUCUGCCAUCAGCUACUCGUGGCCGCUGGGGGACACCUCCUGCAAGGUGUACCAGUUCUUUCUGGCCUUCUCCCUGGCAGCCAGCACCUACAGCCUGUGUGCCGUGUCAUUGACACGAGCCAUGAUCAUCACCAACCCCUACCAUCCUCCUACCAUGGACCUGGUGGUCCUGAUGUUCGUCUUGGUCUGGGCAUCAGCCUUCUUCAUCAGCCUGCCUCUGAGGAUCUUCGCCACCAAGGAGAGCCUGAGCCCCGGCUCGGGUAAUUUUACUUUCUGCCUGCCCACCAUACAGGAACACCACUAUCAGGUGGUCCUCAGCCAGUUCAUGCUCUACUACUUCGUCCCUAUGCUGGUGAUCGCCUUCAACUACGUACGGUUGGCCUGCUUCCUCCACAAAAGCCCAGUCAUGUCUGUGGCCAGUGCCCGCAACACACGCCGAGCCUCCUUUAUGGUGUUCCUGGCGGCCGGGACCUUCUCCAUCUGCUGGCUUCCCGGGUACAUCCUGGAGCUGUGUGUGUACCUUGGGCUCUACCGCCACGGCCAGUCCUGGGAGAUGUUCUACUUCAUCUGCACCGUGCUCCAGUACCUCCAUCCCUGUGUUAACCCCGUGCUCUAUGUGCUGCUGUCCAAGAGGUACCGCCACCGCAGGAGUGUCUGGUUGUUUAACUGCAACAGGAAUAGGGUGCAGCCGCAGGUUGUCAGCAUCACUACAGAGACUAUGUAG